AUGCCGCCCCCUCGCCCCGCCCGCGCCGCCCCCUCGCCCUGCCCGCCCGCGCCGCCCCCGCGCCCCGCCCGCCUGUGCCGCCCGCUCGCCCUGUACCCCGUGCGCCUCGCCCAUGCCGUCCGCUCGCCUCGCUCGCCCCUACACCUCUCGCGGCCGGUGCGCGCCUCCUCCUGCCCGAGCUGCAGCAGCCCGCGGCUCGUCCGCCCCCACCUCCGGACAGCCUCCACUGGCGUCUCCUCCUCGCCCAGCCGCAGAGGCCCGCGGCAUCUUCGCCCUCCUCCUCCGACGGACCACCAUCGACGCGCGAGCACAAGGCACCACACGAUGCGUAGUCCAGCGCUCAUGCAUCUGCACGGUUCAUUUGAACUGCAGACACUGUUGUUUAUCCAUUUGGGCUGGACCAGUGAUAGUGAUGACAAUGACAAGUUCGAGUGGGACAGUGAUGGUGAGGUUGAGCCCUCAUUGACUCCGACCAUGAGGAACUUCGAUGCUCCUGGCCCAUCCACGCUCAGUUCCAAGGGGUGGAUCAACGGGGAAGCACCGCCUACUUCUUUGAUCGAGGGAUUUGUGGCAAUGGGCUUCCCAAAAGAGAUGGUCGUGAGGAGUAUUAAGGAGAUUGGUAAUAGUGAUGCAGAUGCGUUGCUCGAGCUACUCCUCACGUAUAAGGCACUAGGUGAUGAUGAUGCAGUGGGCAAUCACUCUACUUCUGGCUGCAACCCACCUAUUGUUGAAGAUGACAAUGAUCUUGAUUUUGAGAACUGGGAUGGUGACUAUGAUGCUGGUGGUAGAGAGUCAAGCUCUGAUGAUUCUGGUGGUGAGGAAGAUUUUCUACGAGAGAUGUCAGAGAAGGACGAGAAGAUAAAAUCAUUGCGAGGCAUGGGCUUUUCUGAAGAUGAAGCAAACAUGACAAUUCUGAUAUGUGGCAUGGAUGCUGAUAUUUCUGUAUUGGUUGACUCAAUUACUGCAUCACAAGUUGAAGAAGCUUGUCACUCUAGAAACUUAUCGGACCGUCAGGUUACAGCUGGAUGCUUCGAUUCCUUUGGAGGGAUAAAGAGAAAUAGAUUGACUGAAGAGAGCAAGAAAAAGAGGAAGAGAUAUGGAGGUGGAGCACAAGGGAAUCGACCUUCCUUGGAUGGCAGCGAUGAGGAACCAAUGCCUCUCCCAAAUCCAAUGAUUGGGUUUAACCUUCCUGCUGCCAGGAAAAGGGGCUACAUCCACAAUUUGCCAACUGAGAACAGAUCGCCGAUUCUCCCUCUGCCUCCAAAGACCAUAUUUGAGGCAUUCCCUCAUUACAAGAAGUGGUGGCCAUCCUGGGACCAGAGGACGCACCUCAAUUGCUUGCAAACAUGUAUGGCAAGUGCAAAGGAAACAGAACGGAUCCAGCAGGCUCUUUCAAGCUCAGGCAAUCCACCACCUCAAAGUGUGCAGAAAUAUGUCAGGUGUCAGUGCUCAAAAUGGAAUCUUCCGGGGACGAAUGAUAAAAACCACAAGCCCCACGGCCGGCACCCUCUCUUGCAUUCGCAUCCUGGGCACAUCACCUCCAACGCCAUGUAUCUCAGCGUGUGGCAGGAGUAUGAGAUCAAGAAAGCCAAGACAAACAUUACGAGCGCUUGGUGCCAACUCGGUCUCGACAAGGAGAGAUUCUGUGUCGACAAGAGCGCAAGAAAGGAGGAGAUGGGGCAGAGGGAGGAGAAGAUCAGGGGGUGUCUGGAGGAGAUUGAGUCGGAGGAGUAG